AGGGACGAGAGCAGAAAAAUAUCUCCAAAUUCUCUUCUCUACUCUCUCUCUGCCUAUAUCGAGAAUCUCAUUCAAAGAAUCGGCUAAUCACAUUCCAUUUCCUGGAACCAAUCUUCUUGCGGAUAAUAAUAAACAAGAGCUCUAUAUAUCCUGCUUUUCCAUUGCAUUCUGUGUGGUCUUUUAUUUGUAGGGUUUCCCGUGGAUAGUUGUUUCUUUCUUUCCUUUCUGUUUGUAAGGAUGCAGAUUUUGGAGCACGGAGACGAUCAUUAUGACCCUCGGUUUUCGACUGAAUCCUUGUCAUGUAUACUUCCCCCAAUGGCACACAUUGAUUCCCCCAAACGGAGCCUUUCUUACCAUGAGCUUUUUCAGCACCCCCUCUGGCUCUCUAUUCUCAAACUGGAUGGCUCAUCUUUCGACAUUGAGGUGUCGAGCACGGGGACAGUUGGGGAGCUGAAGGAGGCAGUGGAAGCAGCAUUUGAUCAUUUGCCAAAGAAGGGACCUGGUAGUGUUUCAUGGGAACAUGUGUGGGGACAGUUUUGUCUUUGUCAUGAAGGCCAGAAGCUACUGAACGACAGCGAUUAUAUUGGAAUGUUAGGCAUCAGGGAUGGUGAUCAGCUGCAGUUUGUUCAUAAUGCUUCCGAUACCUACAAUUUGGUUAAGGAACCAUCAGAGAGAGAGGACCCUGAUUCUGAUCAUGAACCCUGCAUUUGCAGUUGUGAAGACGGACAAAAAGAUGAUGGUCAUCAUACAUGGAAUUUAGAGGAGAACCAAGAUGAUUGUGCUGAGACAGAGGACGGUAUCAUUUCACGUUGUGAACACAGGAUAAAUCACUUGUUAAGAGGGUGGUUCCCAUACCGUAGGUUGUUGAGCGACAAAGAGAGGGGUAGCUCAAGACAUUCUGACAACAGAUUAGGAAGUUUCAAGAGUCUCUUACGAUGUUCCAGCUGUAAGUGUGAAUCUCGGAGAGAAACUUGGGAUGGAGAGUAACUCGUGGACAGUUGUAUAUCCAACUCUUUGGGACUGCUCGCAUUGAACACUGGUGUUAGAUUUCAGUUGGAAGUUAACUUUCUAACCCCACAUGGUAAUGCCAGCAAGGUCUCAAUAGCCAUCGAAGCUGUAUUUGUGUAAAGGAAUACGCAGAUACAUGCAGUUGCAAACUGCAGAAAUGAGUUGUUUUGUGCUUCAUAUUCUUCAAAAAAAAAAAAAAAAAAAGAGUAUCCGGAGGUGGAGUGCUGUUGUGCUGUUUUCGCAGUAGUUGGUUCCGUUUAUGCAAAUAUGGUUGCUGCUUGAACGUGAAAUUUGAAUUCGUUUUAAGUUGAA